ACUUUCCCUUUAAUAAAGAGGCGUUAGAAAAAUACAAAGGAUCCAUCCAACACAUUUGGUGUGUCAUAGUGGUCUCUGACUUCUGGUCAUUCUCGCUCAGGCGGACAAACUUAAACUUGCACAAUUCUUCAACGCUGAAUUGAAUGAAAUUGAGAAAACAAAGUGUCAAUAUAUUUUUUCACAAACAUCGAUUCUGAAUUUAAAAGUAAUUUGAGAAGUAAUCUAGUUUUUCAAAAUAAUCUGUAAUCUGAUUGCAAUAUUUUAGCUGGUAAUGUAAUUACACAUCAGUCAUGAAUUGCAGUGCUUUGUGAUAUGCUUAGUGAGAGAGAGAGAGCAUAACAAUAUAACAAAUGACUUCCUGAAAGACAUUAGAGCUGUUUCACUACUGGACUGACAUUGGUCCAUCCAAUCUGAUUCCUCAUUCUGUUCCGUUCCGUUAUAGACACAGGCCAACAUUAACCACAUAGAGACACAGAAGGAGGUAUCUAACUCUGUUCUUGUUCUGAGAAGUAAACAUGUCUGUGCUGAAUCUCUCGUCCAUCCACCUAUUGCUUCUCUUCUCCUCUCUGUCUGGAGUAGAUGGCUAUUUUGGACACUUUGAGAUGAGGUGUCGGUUCAGCUCCGAGGAGCCCCGUGAUAUUGAGUUUCUGCUGCAGGUCUACGGCAACAAGAAGUUACUGGGACAAUACAACAGCACAACAGAGAAAUGUACGGUCUACACACAAUGGAUGAAGAACUUCACUGAAACGGCCUGCAAAGGCCCUGCUUUUCUGGCCGCGAGGAGAGACGAAAUUAAGAAAUACUGCAGCAGCAACGUUCCUGUGGUGUAUGGGUACUUACUAGAUAAGGCAGUUGAGCCCUACGUCAGGCUGAGGUCAGUCGAGCCGUUCAGUACCAGACACCUGGCCAUGCUCGUGUGCAGCGCCUACGACUUCUACCCCAAACCAAUCAGAGUGACGUGGCUGAGGGACGGACAGGAAGUGACCUCAAAUGUGACUUCCACAGAGGAGCUGGUCAAUGGGGAUUGGACCUACCAGAUCCACUCGCACCUGGAGUACACACCCACACCUGGAGAGAGAAUCGCCUGUAUGGUGGAGCACUUCAGCCUCACUGAGCCCAAACUGUAUGACUGGGACCCCUCCAUGCCGGGUCCUGAGAAGAAUAAGAUGGUGAUCGGGGCCUGUGGGCUGCUGCUGGGGGUGGUCUUUAUAGCAGCUGGACUGAUCUACUACAGGAAGAAAUCUACUGGCGAGGAGACACAGGCUAUUCUAUGUCACAACAACCAAAUACUUUUCAAGUCCAAAUUUGAAAUGCAACUUUAUCUUUUUCGUUCUCUUUCAGAAGGACGAGUGUUGGUGCCGACCAUGGCGCUGCCAGAAAUUUAUGGCACCAUCUAGUGGUUCUGCCUUCUGAAGGUUGUGAUCUGAACCCACUUAAUUAGUCUGGGUACCAGUCUUUUUAGCUAACAUUCCACUCCUUGUUGCCUUUUCCGUGACAUAUGCCAAGGAGGUCAAGUAGUGGAAUGUCAGCUAAAAAGACUGGUACCCAGACUACCACUUAAUCAUUCCAAGCACAAUGUCUUCUCAGUCUCCCAGGCCUUUUGCAUUGGAGGAGAGGUUGCAGCCAGAAACUCCCAAGGCCCUUCUAUGGGGAUCAGAAUCCCGGCAUUCUGAUCAAGAGUUUACCACCGAGUGGCCAACUUGAUCAAAUCUAUGUCCACAUCCUGUGCGUUUGAGACGUUAGAUCUAGGAUAUGAUUUUGUAAGGAAUUUUCAGAUGCGACAAACAAGAUUGGUUUAUGGAAUUGUUCAUCCUUAGGUUUUGAUUCUAAUUCUUGUUUCUAUUGGCAACUGAUGUUAUUGUUAACUUGGCUUUGUCUUUUAUUAAAAUAGUUUUAUUUUGCAGUUUUCAUUUGUUUGGGUAUUUGUUGAUAGAUUCGCAAGGGGUAGGCUAGACGCUGCCAGAUCUUACAACACCUAGAUAGGUAUUUUACCUUUCAGCUAACCACAUAUGUUAUAGCAAUCUGACAGUCGAUGACAAGUCGAUGGACACAGUCGACAGUCGAUGACGUGGCAUGCAACCGUUCGUUGAUUCAUGCAACGUCUUAGCAGUGGAAAGCAACCAUACCGUCUGAUAUUCCACGUCUUUCAGCCAAUCAGCAUCCAGAAGCCAAACUACCCAGUUUAUAAAUGUCUAUAUUAGUGAAAAGCUAUAUAAGGCUAUAAGUCAAAUUACUUCCUCUCAUGCUUUCCCUUCCUUCAUGGACACUUAUGCAAAAAAUAAAAUAAAAUAAUGAAAGCCAUUUGAAAGUAAACAUCCUCCAUAUUGUUUUCACUCAUCCUUUGCUUUCAGAUCAGUGCAAAUCAAGGAAAGGAGGCUAAGAAACAGGAAAGGAGGCUAGGCUAGGACAUAGGAAAAGAGGUUAGGCUAGGUCACAGGAAAGGAGGCUAGGACACAGAAGUCUAGCACCAGCAGACACGCCGUGCCAGAGGAUUGGUUUGCGUUCCAGGUCAUCUUUUUUUGCAGUCACAAUUUGCUCAAUAAGAUUGCUGUAUCUUAUUCAUGUGGUUCCUGAUCCUUUCUACAGUCCAGACGUUGUUCCUGUGGUUCUACAGUCCAGACGUUGUUCCUGUAGUUCUACAGUCCAGACGUUGUGACGCUCAUCUAAAAAGCGUGACUGCAGAAAAAGAUGACAUACAAGUUGGAAGACAACUUGAAAGUAAAAUGUCAAUUUCAAAAAAUAUAUCAAUGCAACUUUUUCCAUUCCGAGCAGACACAGAUUGUAUAACUGCAUAAUUUAAUCAUUUAUCAUUUUGUACAUACCCGUAUUUAAAAUGUCUCCUUCACUCUGUGCAUG